UAGUUGCUGCUGGAGCUGGCGAGGAGAGCGGGGAGCGCCAUGGCGAUGAUUUUGGGCUAUUGGGAUAUUCGAGGGCUCGCCCAUGCCAUCCGGCUACUCCUGGAGUACACAGAAACAUCUUAUGAAGAUAAAUUUUACAGCUGUGGAGAUGCACCUGACUAUGAUAAGAGCCAGUGGACCAAAGAAAAGGAAAAGCUGGGCCUGGACUUCCCUAAUCUCCCCUAUCUAAUUGAUGGCAAGACCAAGCUCACACAGAGUAAUGCCAUCCUCCGGUACAUCGCACGCAAGCAUAAGAUGUGUGGAGAAACCGAGGAAGAGAUGUACAGAGUGGACAUGCUGGAGAACCAGGCGAUGGAUUUCCGCAUGAGCCUCGUGAUGGUCCUGUACAGUCCUGAUUUUGAGAAAGUGAAGCCUGGGUAUUUGGAGCAACUUCCAGGAAAGCUGAAGCAGUUCUCCCAGUUCCUGGGAGACAGAAAAUGGUUUGCUGGGGAGAAGAUCACAUUUGUUGACUUCCUCAUGUAUGAUGUCCUCGACCAAAACCGCAUGUUUGAACCCAAGUGCCUGGAUCAGUUCAAGAAUCUUCAGGAUUUUCUCACCCGUUUUGAGGCCCUGGAGAAGAUUGCUGCCUAUAUGCGCUCCAGCCGCUUCAUGAAGACUCCUAUAACCAACAAGAUGGGCAAGUGGUGCAACAAGAAAGAGUAAUGUGUGGAGGAACAGCUCUUUAGUGUUGCUGAAAUGCCAAUUCUCCUUAGCUGGAAUUGGAUGAGUAGACAGAUGGCAACAUUCUAGUGUCGCUGCUCUUCC